AACAAGAAUUAAUAAUCGAUUUUUUAAAUUUUUAUUUAUUUAGUCGAAUUUUACUUUGUUUUGUUAAUUUUUCUUCGAAAUAAUUUCAAAUACAAAUUUUAUAAAGAGAAUUCUUUCAUUUUUAUAUAUUAUUAAUUAUUUCAUUUAAUUAAUUAAACUAAAAAAGAACAAAAAUUUAAUUUGUUAUUAUUUAAAAUAAAAAAAAAGUUAAACGAUAAAAUAUUUUUUUUUUGGUUAAUUAAAACAUGGUUUCAAUAUCCGAAACUACUGAUAACCAAUCUCAUCAAAAUCAACAUAACAUUCAACAACAACAACAACCAUCACAACAGCAACAACAACAACAACAUCAUCAUCAUCAACAACAACAGCUAACACAAAAACAACAAGAACAACAAGAACAAUUAAUUAAAUCAAUUCAACUUUAUCAUAAUCAACAUAAUAAAACAAUGUCAACAAAACCAACAUUAGAAGAAAAUCAAACGGCAACACUUAUAACAAGUAAUGAAAAUAAUAAUAAAAGUGUAGCAAUAACAAAUAUUACAGCUGAAAUAAAUAAUAAACAAUUGCCAACAACAAAAACAACAAUAAAAUAUGAAGAAGAAAAAAUAACAACAAUAAAUAAAACGGUACAAAAACCACCAAAAAGUGCUGUUAGUGAACGUUCAAUUGAAAUUGAAAUUGAUAAAACGGCAAUCACUACAAAUAUAAAACCAAGAAAUUUAAAAUUAGAUUUAAUAACGAGUAAAAGCGAAGAUAUUAAAUCACCGAAAACACCAAAAACACCAAAAUCACCAUUAUCAGCAGCUGGCCGUCUAUCCCAUCAGACUUCUUUAUCAUCGCAAAUAGAUGUUGUUGAAGAUCGAAAAACUCUUCGUGAUGCUCUUUAUCAAGGAAUAUUUCAUCGUCAUCGUAAAACGAUAUUCGCAAUGGGCAGUUUCUUAAGAAUGUUACGAAGUCGAAAUUCUCAAUAUAAUACAAUAAGAAGUUCAUCAGAAGAAAAAUAAACGACAAAGUUGCUGAAAUAAAAUAUUAUGUAAAAUGUAUAACAAUAAAAUUAUUUUUUUUAAUUUAUAUAAUUUUUUUUUUCUUUUAUUCUUUAUAUAAAAUAAUAUUUUGAUUUGUUUUUUUUUUGUUUUCUUUAUAAUUAUUUUGUUUAAAUAGUAUUUUUGGUAUAUUUAAUUUUAAAAAUUAUAUCAUAAAUUACAUUACAUAAAUAUAAUUCUGUUAUAAAUAUAUAAUAUAACAGAAUAUCAUAAUAUGCAUAUUUAAAAUUUAUCUUAAAUUGCUGAAUUUUCAAUUCCACAAUAUA